GUGACUGGACAGCCAGGGCUGUUGAGCUGUCUGCCAUCUCAAAACCCAGCUGUGAGCCAGCGUGGCAGGGGCUGUGCAUGGAAGCCAGGAGCUGGGCCCCCAGAAGGCAACUGUGCCCGCCGGGCAUCAUGCUGCUGGCCUUUGCCACUCUGCUCAGCUGCCUGCUCACCUCCGGCCAGGCCAAGGUCUACAGUCGCUGUGAGCUGGCCAGAGCCCUCCAGGAUUUCGGCAUGGAGGGAUACCGGGGAUACAGCAUGGCUGACUGGGUCUGUCUUGCUUACUUCACAAGUGGCUUCAAUACAGCUGCUGUGGACCAUGAAGCCGAUGGGAGCACCAACAAUGGCAUCUUCCAGAUCAACAGCCGGAAGUGGUGCAAAAAUCUCAGCACAGAUGUCCCCAACUGGUGCCAGAUGUACUGCUCCGACUUGCUGAAUCCUAACCUUAAGGACACUGUCAUCUGUGCCAUGAAAAUAGCUCAACAGCCCCAGGGGCUGGCCAGCUGGGAGGCCUGGAGGCGUCACUGCCAGGGCAAGGACCUCAAGGACUGGGUGGAUGGCUGUGACUUGUAG